AUGAAAGAACUUGCUGUGAUACCUUUGAGGGAGGAAAGCACCACAAAUGCUUUUCAAUUUCCCACACACAGAUUCAGACAUCUCCAAUUACUGAGAGGCGGCUCUUCCUUAUUUGACUUCCAGGGUAAAAGACUGCCAGAAGGCAGAGAAAAGUCACAGAUAAGCAAGGCGAAAAAUGAAAAGGAGAGUGACGUAGGACUCCUAUCAGGGUUGGGAGACUUGAAUUUUUUGGAUAACUUGCCUCUCCCACCUCAUCCUAAACCUUUUGACUCAAAGCUGAUGAAUCAAACAAUUGGUUUAUGGAUAGGACUGUGGAAGGCAAUGGCCCUCACAGAUUGGUUUACCUGUCUGGGGUCAGUGGUUUUCAGGAACCCUGCAUCUUUGUUGUGCCUGGAGCCCUGCAAGGAAUCUGGAGACCUGAGGAAACACCAGUGCCAAAGCUUCUGUGAGCCUCUCUUCCCCAAGAAGAACUAUGAAUGCUUGACUAGCUGUGAGUUCCUCAAAUACAUCCUGUUGAUAAAGCAAGGGGAUUGCCCGGCUCCUGAGAAAGCCAGUGGAUUUGCUGCUGCCUGCGUUGAAAGCUGCGAAGUUGACAAUGAGUGCUCUGGGGUGAAGAAAUGUUGUUCUAAUGGGUGUGGACACACCUGCCAAGUUCCCAAGACUCUGUACAAAGGUGUCCCCCUAAAACCCAGAAAAGAAUUACGAUUUACAGAACUGCAGUCUGGACAACUGGAGAUUAAGUGGUCCUCGAAAUUCAAUAUUUCCAUUGAGCCUGUGAUCUACGUAGUACAAAGAAGAUGGAAUUAUGGAAUCCAUCCCAGCGAAGAUGAUGCCACUCAUUGGCAGACUGUGGCCCAGACCACGGACGAGCGGGUUCAACUGACUGACAUAAGACCCAGCAGGUGGUACCAGUUUCGAGUGGCUGCUGUCAAUGUACAUGGGACUCGAGGCUUCACUGCCCCCAGCAAACACUUCCGUUCUUCCAAAGAUCCAUCUGCCCCACCAGCACCAGCUAACCUCCGGCUGGUCAACUCCACCAUCAAUAGUGACGGGAGUGUGACUGUUACUAUUGUUUGGGAUCUCCCUGAGGAACCAGAUAUCCCUGUGCAUCACUACAAAGUAUUUUGGAGCUGGACGGUCAGCAGCAAGUCUCUAGUUCCCACGAAGAAGAAGCGGAGAAAGACUACAGAUGGGUUACAGAAUUCUGUGAUCCUGGAGAAACUUCAGCCAGACUGUGACUAUGUUGUGGAAUUGCAGGCCAUAACAUACUGGGGGCAGACUCGGCUAAAGAGUGCAAAGGUAUCCCUUCACUUCACAUCUACACAUGCAGCCACCAACAAAGAACAGCUUGGGAAAACUAGAAAAGGUGGGAUUCAAAUACAGCCCCCUUUUCAAAAAAGGCGGCCCACUCGCCCGCUGGAAAUUGGAGCUCCGUUCUAUCAGGACAACCAACUGCAAGUCAAAGUCUACUGGAAGAAGACUGAAGAUCCCAAUAUCAACCGAUACCAUGUGCAGUGGCUUCCAGAAGUAUGUGCCCACAACAAAACAGCUGGAUUGGAGACAUCAUCUGGCAUGACCCAUGAAAAUUAUAUAAUUCUUCAAGAUCUGUCAUUUUCCUGCAAAUAUAAGGUGACAGUCCAACCAAUUCAGCCAAAGGGUCACUCGAAGGCAGAAACCGUUUUCUUUACCACUCCGCCAUGCUCUGCUCUUAAGGGGAAAAGCCACAAGCCCAUGAGUUGCCCUGGUGAAGCAGGUCAUGUUCUUUCCAAGGUGCUAGCCAAGCCAGAGAACCUUUCUGCCUCAUUCAUCGUCCAGGAUGUUAACAUCACCGGCCACUUUUCUUGGAAGAUGGCCAAGGCCAAUCUCUAUCAGCCUAUGACUGGGUUUCAAGUGACUUGGGCUGAGGUCACUACAGAGAGCAGGCAGAACAGUCUCCCCAACAGCAUUAUUUCACAGUCCCAAAUCCUGCCUUCAGAUCAUUAUGUCCUAACAGUGCCCAAUCUGAGGCCAUCCACCCUUUAUCGACUGGAAGUACAAGUGUUGACCACAGGAGGGGAGGGGCCUGCCACCAUCAAAACAUUCCGGACACCUGACCUCCCGCCCUCUGCAGCACACAGACCCCAUCUUAAACAUCAUCAUCCGCAUCAUUACAAGCCUUCUCCAGAAAGAUAUUAAACUAUUCAAUAAGAUUUUAAAAAGUUGCACAGAUGUGUAAGCUUGUUGAACUUCAGUCAGUAAACAUGUGUAUAGAGGCAGUAGGAACUUCUCAGAGGCUUGGACUCUCCUAUGUAACUUUAGUGCAAUAAGUACUUCUGUCAAUCAUGGAUGCAUCUGGAAACAAAGUGACAAAUAGUCAAUCAAUGAAGAUGGAUAUCAAUCCCCUAUGAGAAUGGAGAAAAUGAAAAAGGCAUAUUUAACUCUAAAUUUUGUUUUCAGAUACGGUUUUGUUCAUCUCUAUUAAAACAUGGCAGAACAGAGAUUUCUCUGAAUUUGGAGUAGCAAAUUCUCAGAAAAGUAGAGUAACACAU